AUGCCAAUCUCAGGCGACAGUUACACCUUCGCAGCAAUUCGCCAAGGGUUCGCCAAAGUCGCCAACCCGAGCAGCUGUCGCGAGCUGCGUAUCCCUUCCCCGUCUCUUCGCUCUUCUCGUCGUUCUAGGAACUGCCGAUCCAACGGCCGCAACGACACGAGGUUCGAGCGAUACGCGUGGCGACAGGGGGUGGAGCGGAGUGGGGAAGGCCGGGAGGGCUGGGGGGGAGUGGAGGAAGGGGAGGAGACGGAGGGGAAGGAGCGAUCGUGGUGUGAGGCGUUGCGGGGCGUGCGGCAUGGGAGCGGGGUUGGAUCUGCCACACCCGUGACACCCAAUGGGAUGAUGACACGUGUGGCGUACAUAGGGGACAGCAUGAUGCGCAACAUGUUUGAGAGCAUGGCGUGCAUGCUGCAUGCCCACCCCCGCUGUGGCGGCAAUCCCGAGGUGGUGCGCGCGAAUGUGGUGGAGCGGAUCAUCCGAUGGGACACCUGCAACGUUACCCUCGCUAACCUCAGGAGCAACUUCCUCACGGAAAUCUCCUUCAAGGACCCAACGGACGAGUUCAAAGGCGCAACCCUGUACCUCUCUCGCCCUGACAAGCGGUGGAAGCAGCGGGUGAAGAACUAUGAUGUUUUUGUCAUCAACUCAG